CCAGCCGCAGCGCACCGGGCCCGGCCGCGCCCCUGCAGACACAGGCUCGCCCUCGCUCGCCGCGCCCCUGCCCAGACCCCCACCAUGGCCGGCAUCGCGGCCAAGCUGGCGAAGGACCGAGAGGCGGCCGACGGGCUGGGCUCGCACGAAAAGGCCAUCAAGUACCUCAACCAGGACUACGAGGCGCUGCGGGACGAGUGCCUGGAGGCCGGGACGCUCUUCCAGGACCCCUCCUUCCCGGCCAUCCCCUCUUCCCUGGGCUUCAAGGAGCUGGGACCCUACUCCAGCAAGACGCAGGGCAUCGUGUGGAAGCGGCCCACGGAGAUCUGCGACGACCCCGAGUUUAUUGUUGGAGGAGCCACCCGCACAGACAUCUGCCAAGGAGCCCUGGGUGACUGCUGGCUGCUGGCGGCCAUCGCUUCCCUCACCUUGAACGAAGAGAUCCUGGCCCGAGUUGUCCCCCUAAACCAGAGUUUCCAGGAAAACUAUGCUGGGAUCUUCCACUUCCAGUUCUGGCAGUACGGCGAGUGGGUGGACGUGGUCGUGGACGACAGGCUGCCCACCAAGGACGGGGAGCUGCUGUUCGUGCACUCGGCAGAGGGCAGCGAGUUCUGGAGCGCCCUGCUGGAGAAGGCCUACGCCAAGGUCAACGGCUGCUAUGAGGCGCUCUCGGGCGGCGCCACCACGGAGGGCUUCGAGGACUUCACCGGGGGCAUCGCCGAGUGGUACGAGCUGAGGAAGGCCCCUCCCAACCUGUUCAAGAUCAUCCAGAAGGCUCUGCAGAAAGGCUCCCUCCUGGGCUGCUCCAUCGACAUCACCAGCAUGGCGGACUCGGAGGCCAUCACCUUCCAGAAGCUGGUGAAGGGGCACGCGUACUCAGUCACCGGGGCGGAGGAGGUGGAGAGUGGGGGGAGCCUGCAGAAGCUGAUCCGCAUCCGAAACCCCUGGGGAGAGGUGGAGUGGACGGGCCGGUGGAAUGACAACUGCCCCAACUGGAACAGCGUCGACCCAGAGGUGAGGGAGAGGCUGACCAGGCGGCACGAAGACGGAGAGUUCUGGAUGUCGUUCGGUGACUUUCUGAGGCACUAUUCCCGCCUGGAGAUUUGCAACCUGACCCCCGACACCCUCACCAGUGAGUCCUACAAGAAGUGGAAGCUCACCAAGGUGGACGGGACCUGGAGGCGGGGCUCCACCGCGGGAGGCUGCAGGAACUACCCGAACACGUUCUGGAUGAACCCUCAGUACCUGAUCAAGCUGGAGGAGGAGGACGAGGACCAGGAGGACGGAGAGAGCGGGUGCACUUUCCUGGUGGGCCUCAUCCAGAAGCACCGGCGGCGACAGAGGAAGAUGGGGGAGGACAUGCACACCAUCGGCUUCGGCAUCUAUGAGGUGCCGGAGGAGAUGACUGGACAGACUAACAUCCACCUCAGCAGAAACUUCUUCCUGACGCACCGGGCGAGGGAGCGGUCCGACACCUUCAUCAACCUGCGGGAGGUGCUGAACCGGUUCAAGCUGCCGCCUGGGGAGUACAUCCUGGUGCCGUCCACCUUCGAGCCCAACAAGGACGGGGACUUCUGCGUCCGGGUCUUUUCCGAGAAGAAGGCCGACUACCAGGUGGUCGACGACGAGAUUGAGGCUGACCUCGAUGAGAACGAUGCCAGCGAGGACGACAUUGAUGACGGCUUCAGAAGGCUAUUUGCACAGCUGGCAGGCGAGGACGCGGAGAUCUCGGCCUUCGAGCUGCAGACCAUCCUGAGGAGGGUGCUGGCCAAGCGCCAGGACAUCAAGUCGGAUGGCUUCAGCAUCGAGACCUGUAAGAUCAUGGUGGACAUGCUGGACUCAGAUGGCAGUGGCAAGCUGGGGCUGAAGGAGUUCUACGUUCUUUGGACAAAGAUUCAGAAGUACCAGAAAAUUUACCGGGAAAUCGACGUGGACAGGUCUGGCACCAUGAACUCCUACGAGAUGCGGAAAGCACUGGAGGAAGCAGGCUUCAAGCUGCCGUGUCAGCUCCACCAGGUCGUCGUUGCGCGCUUUGCGGACGACGACCUCAUCAUUGACUUCGAUAACUUCGUUCGGUGUCUGGUCCGGCUGGAGACGCUGUUCAGGAUAUUUAAGCAGCUGGAUCCCGAGAACACUGGGACCAUCGAGCUCGACCUCAUCUCUGAGGAAGGGCACGCCCUCCCGGUCGUGGCCUCACGUUUGCUGUCAGCGGAGCCGAGCUCAGAGCAGCACAGGCUGUGGCUCUGCUUUUCAGUCCUCUGAAGUCCUAACUGUUCUCCCUGAAGACGGCCAGCCGAGGACGAAGCCCCCACAGAGAAACUUUUUAUCUGGACCCCCAAAUGACGGGAACAUUUACCCAACCGAUGAAUGGCUAGAGCUGAAAAUAAAGAUACUUUCUGAGACAGGUCUCACGUUUCACAGUAAAAAAGAUCUGCGUAUCCUGGUAUUACAUGCAGGUGACUCACUCCAUCCUGGGUUAGCUCAGAGAAAACCUUCCAUCUAUAAACAGGUCCACGGUUUACUUUUACCCACUUGCCCGUUUAUGGCAAUAUCCAAUUGGAGAAGAACACAGGGAGGUAUUUUUAACCGCUGACCAAACACGAAGUCAGUCUCCAAGGACACGAGGUCCUUGCUGGGAACAUUGAAAGUAAAUUCCCGAUUAACAAUGCAGCCGUGGCAUUUGCCAAACAGCAGUGCGCGUCCCUGGAGUGAAACGGAAAACAGGAAGCAUCGAAGAGUGACAGGCCGGGCCAGCACGCACACCUCCGUCACGUGGUUGCAGAGAGAGCCAGGUUUUAUGUAGAACGGCCCGGUGACCCGUGCGUGUGUCCCAGAAGAUGCUGAAGCCACGCGGCCCUCGGCCCGCUAACCGAAGCGUGCGCGAAAGCAGGUGCCUGGUGUCCGAGCCGAUUACGGGAAAGGACGGGACGAGCCGCUCGUGGCCGGGACGUCGGCACCCCCGCGCUUGUGCGUGGAGCCGGGAGGGACACGGGUGGGAGAGCUUGAGCCCUGCUUCACCCCGGAAGACGCGAGCCGCCUUACACACCUACCGCCUUGUUGCCUUCCUGCUGAACGUGCUGUUAAUAAAGAGUGACCCAAGCGG